AUGGGGAUGUUGGAGAAGCUGAAGGUGUUGAAGGUAGAAGCAGGUAGCCAUGGCGUUCCUGUCCUUUGCACCUGUGUCUGCCGCCUUCCCGCGGCCUUCGCGCAGCUGCCCCAGCUUCCCACGUUGGCCUUGGCCCCGCCGCUCAGUACCACUCUCUGCCCUGAGGGAAUCCGGAGGAGACCCGGGACUCUGCAGCCCACCUUGGCGCUCGCGCAGGUGCCUGGACCAGUCACACAUUUGUGCCCCCAGUACAGUGACUCACCCCCACUGAUGUCAGAGGGAAUCAAGGACCGAGUUCUGUAUCUCUUGAAACUCUAUGAUAAGAUUGACCCAGAAAGGCUCUCAGUAAAUUCUCAUUUUAUGAAGGACCUGGGCUUAGACAGUUUGGACCAAGUGGAAAUUAUUAUGGCCAUGGAAGACGAAUUUGGGUUUGAAAUUCCUGAUAUAGAUGCAGAGAAGUUAAUGUGUCCACAAGAAAUUAUAGAUUACAUUGCAGAUAAGAAGGAUGUGUAUGAAUAAAGUAUCAGAGCCUUCUUCUUCACUGUGAGGUCUCCGGAAGACACACGAUGGCAUCAUGGCCGACUGACAGCAGUUCUGUUGGACUUGUAU